UCUGUCAAGCAGUCUUACCUGGAAGAGAGCACCUCUCUGACCUUAGAUCCUUGUCUAGAGCUUCAGAGCAGAGACAGAAGAGCCCAGGAAGGAGCAGAUCUGAUCCGCUUGCCCGGAAUGAGCCAGACUUAAUGAUGAUGCCACCUUCAGGAGCCACCACACUGAUCCCAGGAUGAUGAUACUUGAAGGAUUUUCCAAAGUCGUUUACUUCCAACUCUCGAAACCUUUCAGACCCAAUGUCUUUAAAGGUUCAGUGACUUGUCCAGGGAAACCCAGUUUGUUUGUGACAGAGUCAGAAGGAAAACAGUGCAGUUCACUUUCUCACAGUGUCGUUCAAGGACGUGACUGUGGAGUUCACCGGGAGGAGUGGCGGCAGGUGGACUCUGCACAGAGGACCCUGUACAGAGAUGUGACGAUGCUGGAGAGCUACAGCCACCUCGUCUCCGUGGAGUUGCCAAGGUCAACGAUGAUUUCCUUACAGCUAAGCUUAAUGGACAGCUUUUCAUCUUUGUGUUGCUUGGCCUCACAGUGGCUGUGGAUGAUGACAACUUCCUCUUGGAAACACUCUCUUUACUAA